GCUCACCAUCAAAAAACACACAAAGGAAGAAAAACAUUUAAAGACCCCGAGACAUUCAAGAUUUUCGUGACUGGGCGCAGCGAGGUAGGAUGAAGGUCCGACCAGAAGCUCUGCUCCUCGCACUUUGCUGCUGCAGCUAUGCUCAGCGCCUACAUUACGUGCAACCGCAUACAGGAAGCACAGAGGGAGCGACACGUCUCACCCUGACUGGAGAAGGUUUCGCUCAAGAAGGACAAUUCCAGCUCAAUCCCCAAAACGACAUGUUUGGGAACCGCGUGACGCUGGUGUCGAACACCUUGUCUAUCCCGUGCGACGUUGAGAGGGAUUCCACGCACGGCAACCAGAUCAUGUGCUACACCAGAGCCAUGCCGAGCGACCGGUACACGGUCCGUGUCAGCAUCAAUGGCGUUCCCAUCCCUGAUGAAGGCAUAUGCAGAGGCCAAGUCACCUCGUACUCCUGCAGCUUCUACACAAGAUGGUACCUAACUCCAACCAUCCGGUCCCUCACUCCCGUCAGCGGGCUUCCAGGGACGGUGGUGACGGUGGAAGGACGCAUCUUCACAGAUGUCUACGGCAGCAACACCGCGCUGAGCUCCAAUGGAAGGAAAGUCAGAUUUCUCAGGGCCUAUAUGAAGGGGAUGCUGUGUGAGCUGCUCAAACCAGAUUCUGAUGAACUCUAUAAUCUGAAGCUAUAUUCAGAGACCUCGGUGUGGGGACACAUGAGCUGCAAAACAACGGGGACUUACGUGGGACAUCACAACAUGAGCUACAUCUUGGAUUCGAAUUAUGGCAGGAGUUUACCCGAGAAGAAGCUCUUCAAGGUCUCAGCUCAAGGACAGCUCGCCAUGUUUCAGACAUUUGCAGAGGUUACGGCCAUCACGCCAUCCAAUGGCAGCGUCAUGGGCGGAACCCUCCUGACCAUCCACGGGCGGUUCUUCGAUGAAACCGACGUUCCAGCACGUGUCUUCGUGGGAGGGAUGCCGUGUGAGAUCAAGAGUGUGCGUGAUGAUGCGAUCACAUGCGUGACGCAAAAGAGUCAAAUGGAUGACAACAACGUCAACAACAUGACGCUCUACCCAGGUGGCCGAGGCUUGAAGAUGCAAGUUUGGAACAACACGGACCCCUCAGCGCUGAGCGACAUACUCAGCUACAACGAGAGCAAAGAGGGUUAUUGGGAGAACUGGAUCGACUCCAUGCCCCACAACUUUGUGCUUGAACUGAACCGGAUAAGCACCAGAACUACCGGUUUCUUUGUACCACCGGCCAGCGGCAACUACACCAUCUACCUCAACUGUGACGAUCGUUGCGAAUUGUACUUCAGCAACUCCAGCCGCCCGGAGGACAAGGUCAAAGUGGCAUAUCAGCCGAGCUACGCCUCAGACUACACGAAGCUUGCAUCGCAAAAGUCCGAAGUCAUGACGCUAGAGAAAGGAAAAGUCUACUACCUUGAAAUUCUGCAUCAAGACUAUGGCGGAGCAGCCGGAAUCAACUUAGCCAUGUUCCGACCAGAGAGUCCGUUUACGGAAGCCCAGACGAACGAUGCCGUCAAUGAGGUCCAGCACAUAUUGGUGGAAUCCGAGAUGUUUGAUGAGAAACAGGUUCUUACCUUGGAAUCGUGGCCCAGUAGUGCUAAUGGGGUCAAAGAAGUCCAGAAAGUUAGCAUAAAUAGCAGCUGCAUCGACCUUCAGUGUGGAAGCACUUACUUCCGCCUCCGCUACGAAGGCGCAAUUACGGAUCUGAUUGCGGUGAGCGCCAGCGCAGCUGUGAUGGAGAGAGCCUUGAACAGCCUAUGGUCCAUCAAACCCGACACGGUCCAAGUCAGCAGGACCGAAGACGCCGAUGGAGUUCAUUUCACGGUCAUCUUCAAUUCCUACAGAGGUGACUUCAAGCCUCUCUACUCCGAGAGUUAUGGCCAGUACACAAACAUCAGCAUUUCUGAGGUGACCAAAGGAAGGAGUAACAUGUCAACGGUUACCUUGCACUGGGGAGGGAUCCCCACAAAACCCAUCCCGUACAAUGCCAGUGGUUCUGAGGUCCAAUCGGCAUUUGAGGACCUGAUGAAGGCAGAGUGUCCCCUUGAGAUUCUCACCGAGGAAGGACGAGAUGUGAUGUUUUUCAAGAACUAUGAAGAUGACAACUCCAUGUUUGGCGACAACAGAGGGACCCCUGUGAGAACCGCCUUCUGCGGCUUAUGGUCCUUGGAAAACCCACAAGUUCUUUUCAAGUACAGUUACACCAAAGAGUCCGGCGACACCUAUGGGACAAUUUCUCUGAGCCAAUAUCCAAUGCUUUGCUUUGCACAUAAGGGAAUGCUAAGCGAUACAAUCGGGUUAAAGUUCACGUAUAACGACACUGCUGGCACGACUAAGACAGUGACUGGAAAUAUCGACGUAACCUUUACCAAAGGCCCUACAUGGAGUUACAAGUGCGUGGACCUGCAAACAUCUCUCCAGACAAAUUACCAAGGAAGCUCUCACACUGUUGAGGAAAUUUACUUGAACAAUGAUGACUCCGGGGAAGAUUUCUACGUGGAUGCUGUCCACAUCACCAAGAAGCGGACCACCAUCACCGAACAAACGGUUCCCCACAAGAGGAGACCGCCACCAUUUGAGAGCUCUGGUCGUACCUUCCAAGAGUUCUCGGUUGUGAAAGAGAUCAAGUCAAACGCUUCGCAGAUUUGCUACGAGAUCACGGCUAUUUCGAUGGACUGCGCAUUUGACUUCCCGCUCAUAGACGUUGGCUUCCUGCAGAUGUCCAACAGUAGCGAGGAUAUGAACGAGUUUCAGGAAGGGGAAGCAAAGAUCAGCGUCAAUCGUAUCCACAAAGCCACUCCAGCUGUGACGGGCUCGUUUGAUGUGGAGAUGCAUGGACAGCGUAUCGAAGGUUUGUCCGUGGGCAUCAGCGCAGAAGACCUGAAGUACGCCCUGGAGGGAAUCUCCGGUAUGGGCGUGGUUGAUGUCAGAUACGUCGGAACGUGCAAGAGACCCAAGUGGGUGGUAGAGUGGCUGACCCAGCCAGGAGACCAGCCUCCCUUGCAGUUCGACGGUUCUUCACUCGAGGGCAUCGACGUGGUUAUUUGGGCCAUCGAAAAGAAGAAAGGAGGACUGAUGAUAUCGAGUUUGACGGGAGACUUCUUCCGAGUUGGGGAGACCAAACCGCAGGUGGAGGUUUACAUCAACGGAAUUCCCUCAAAGUGUUCCGGCGACUGUGGCUUUGAAUGGUUGGAUGAGAAGACACCAACAGUGAGUGGAAUCAGCCCAUCUCAAGGAUCUAUUGGACUGGGGACCCUUUUGACGGUAACCGGGACUGGCUUCAGCAAUGAAAAUGCUUCCGUCAUGGUAGGAGAAGCACCAUGUGUGGUGGAAGACAUCUCAGCGGAACGCCUUGUGUGCCGACUGGGAAGUGCCGGCGCGGGUACUGUCCCCGUGUGGAUCAACUUCCCCUCCUUGGGUUGUCCUCGUUUUGUAGGCGGUAGCGUCCUCAACUUCACCUACCAGCUCAUCGUCUCGUCUUUCUCCCCGACGUCUGGGAGCACUGCAGGGGGAACACUUUUGACCGUGACGGGCUUCGGCUUCAGCCAGGACACCAACGUCACUGUUGGUGGCGCGAUGUGCCAGGUGGUCCACGCAAGUCCCACAGAGCUCAAAUGCAGAACGCCAGCAGGGAGUGUGGGCUCGCAGACGGUUGCAGUCAGCGUGGGCAACAUGAGCAAGGAGGCAAACGACACCUUCAACUUUGACCUCACCCUGACACCUCAGAUAACUGACCUGAGUCCCACCGAGACCACUGUCUUUGGACGUCGCGUUCUCACCGUGUUGGGGUCAAAUCUGGGUGAGCCAGCCAAUGAUAGCAAGGUGUACGUGGGUGAAAUGGAGUGCCAGAUCGAGCAGUGGACUUCCACAAACAUCACCUGCCUGCUGCCCAUGUUGCCAGCCGGCCUGCAUGAUGUGCACGUGCAGGUUGGAAACAAGGGCUACCCUCAGACCAGCAACGGCGUGGACGCCAGGAUCGAAUACGUCCUGGAAGUUCACAGCAUCUCCCCGACGACGGGCUCAUUGAUGGGAGGAACCCAGGUGACCGUUUCGGGAGCUGGUUUCAGCCAAAACGUAUCCGACAACAAAGUAUAUUUCGGUGAAUCCGAAUGCGAGGUGCAGGUGGCCUCAGCGAACGAGUUACGCUGCCUGCUGCAGUCACAGGAGGAGACCCACAUUGUCACCAACCAGGGUGUUCACCCCGUUUAUGGUCAGGGGUACUCUUGGGACCCGCCUUCCAUUAACGUGAAGGUCGGAGAUAUGGUCACGUGGAGGUGGACCGUACCUAUGUUCCAAAGUACUUUCCGGAUCGGCGUCCAUCACGUUCCCAGCCCCGGUAGUGCCACUGAUGAGGAGGAGGACGUGAUGUUCUCCAGCGGAGAGCCAAAGCCUGGGAAUGGUUACUUCAGCUACAGUUUCACCAUCCCCGGUGUGUAUUACUACAGCAGCGGCUACAUCGACGAGAAUAAUAAGUUGGAGCUACGCGGGGUGGUGAGAGUGGUGGACCGGGUCGCCAGCAACAAGGAUGUCAAAGUUCAAGUCCAGGGCGUGGACGGCCGACACGUGACAAAGUCUCAUCGCAUUUCUAGGUCAACACAUGAGUGUGUCGCCACGCCGGACUGCAGUGAGACUAAUGUGUCGAGUGAGGCCGUCUCCUUCAGCACCUCGGCCUGCUUCACCCCUGUCGUCCGGUCUAUCUCGCCCAAUCAGGGCUCGUACCACCAAGUCAUUCAUAUCCAGGGGGAACGUCUCACCAAUGUGACCUGCGCUCUGGAGGUGAAGGUCGGGGAUGAGCCCUGCCAUGUCAUCAACAGCAACCAGUCGGAGAUUUUCUGCCAGCUGAGCGUCAAUAACAGUCUGCCAAUCGGUGUUGCUUUACCCAUCAAGAUGAAAGUCAACAACUUGGGCCGCGCCGUCAUCGCCGUGGCCAAGGAGUUGGAGCGCCGCUUUGUCGUUCUGCCUGUUGUUGACUCGGUAUGGCCUUCUGAAGGCAGCUCCACCGGCCACACCCGGCUCUCCAUCCAAGGCUCCGGUUUCUCUGAGGGCCUUUUCACCGUUGCUGGUGAACCGUGUUCCUUGGUGUCAGUCAAUUACACCUCGGUGGUGUGUGACACCAGCCCGUCUCAGCCGCAUGAAGGCCACGUCGUCUUUCAUUGGGGAGGGAUCCAGAGUUCCUGUUCCUCAGACUGCUCCUUCCUGUACACGUCAUCCGUCACUCCAAAUGUCACAGCCGUUUCUCCUGACGCCAUCAACCAGGCCACCAACGUCACAAUUUCCGGGGCGGGCUUUGGUGUUGACAUUCAGGAUGUCGCGGUUUUAGUCGGAGGCAUCUGGUUGCAAGUCACCGCCGUCGUUGACGACGCCAUCGAAGCGAAGAUCGAAGCUCUUCCUGCGGGACUGCAUGCUGUUCAAGUGAUUGUGAGAAGUAAAGGCUUGGCGUCCGGAGAGGUCACGCUGAGCAGUCUGGCUCAAGCCUCUCUGAGUCCCGCUGAGGGCAGCCUGGAGGGGGGCACCUGGCUCCAGAUCAUCGGGAACGGCUUCCUCCCGGGGAACACUAGCGUAAUGGUUGACAACAAAGCAUGCGAGAUUGAAGAGGUGACGCCCGGAAGUCUUCGAUGCCAGACGCCUCCUCACGACGAGGGACUGGUCUUAGUCCACAUCCAGGUCUUAGAUGUGGAAUAUCCCCCUCUCAACUUUACCUACUCUGCAAGCCAGACCCCCAUCCUCAGCUCCAUCAGUCCUGCCAUUGGUCCUAGCGGUUCUACAAUUGCACUGAACGGGUCUGGCUUGGGCACGAACAAAACGCAGGUGACCGUCACGGUCAACAAUGUGACUUGCGACGUUCUCACGCUGGCGGACAACCGGGUGGAAUGCACUGUUGGGGAAAACCCAGGCGGGAACUACCCGGUCAUGCUCUACCACCACCUCAAAGGUUACGCUCGCUCAAAUGUCACGUUCCGUUAUGAACUGACACUUGGCAGCGUGGAGCCUAACGAGGGAAGUUUUGGCGGUGGUGCCGAGCUGACUAUCCAGGGUUCUGGCUUUGACCCGCUUAAUUCUAUGGUGCUGAUUUGUGAUGAAGAGUGUGAGGUCAACCGAGAAGCAUCCACGUCCACGCACCUUUACUGCCUAUCACCGUACAAUAACGGCACGGAUGAGGAGAUGAACUGCACGGUAGCUGUACUUAACACACUGGAUGCUGUCAACAUGUCAAACGGCUUCACGUACAAAAGCCAGCUCACACCCGUGAUCACGGAGGUGUCGCCGCGGAGGGGAGGUACCGCCGGAGGCACCACGCUAACCAUCAGUGGCUCCGGUUUCAGCACCGACCCGAAUGAGGUCAACGUGACCAUCGCCGGCUCCGUGUGUGACGUCCAAUCAUCCAACGAUACGCACGUUGUGUGCAUCACCGGCGCCCAACGCCAGUCUCAGGAAACCGUCGUGCUGGUUAACAUCAGAGGCCAGGGCGUCGCCAAGACGGACAAUGCCUCUUACUUCUACAUUGAUGUGUGGUCAUCCAAAUACACAUGGGGGGGGCUGCCUCCGCCCGAGACGGGUUCCUUGGCUGUUGUCACCAAAGGACAGACCAUCCUCUUGGACACCAGCACCCCUGUGCUCAAAAUGCUUCUAAUUCAAGGGGGCACGCUGGUGUUCGACGAGGCUGACAUUGAGCUGCAGGCAGAAAACAUCCUCAUCACCGACGGCGGGUUGCUCCAGGUGGGCCGGGUCGGGGCACCGUUCCAGCAUAAAGCCAUCAUUACGCUGCACGGGCAUCCACGCUCCAUUGAACUUCCCGUGUACGGCGCCAAGACGCUGGCAAUCAGGGAGGGCACCCUGGACUUGCACGGUAAACCCGUUCCAGUUGUCUGGACCCGCCUGGCUCAGACGGCGGAUGCAAACUCCUCGACAUUGACCCUAAUGAAGGCGGUGACUUGGCAAGCGGGAGAUGAGAUCGUCAUUGCCUCUACCGGCCACAGGCACAGUCAGAGGGAGAACGAAGUGAAGAUCAUCGCAAGCGUGUCGGCCGACGGUCAAACGAUCACCCUGACCGAACCCCUCGAGUAUUCCCACCUCGGGAUAUCCGUCACUCUGCCUGAUGGAACGGCCUUUGAAGCCCGGGCGGAGGUGGGUCUGCUGACCAGGAACGUUGUGGUGCGAGGCUCCCAAAACGUGGAGUGGCAGGAAGACAUCGAGGCUUGCCCGGAUGGUUUCAACACAGGAGAGUUCAGCACCCAAACUUGCUUCCAAGGAAAGUUUGGGGAAGAGGUGGGCAGCGAUGAGUUUGGCGUCGGCAUCAUGUUCCACGCUCCCCGACCAAGCGAGGGUCUCGCCGUUGGCAGGUUGACCUACGUUGAGAUCUACCACGCGGGGCAGGCCUUCAGGCUGGGUCGCUACCCCAUCCAUUGGCAUCUGAUGGGAAACCUUGAGUACCAAUCAUACGUGCGUGGGUGUUCCAUCCACAAGACGUUCAACCGGGCCGUGACCAUCCACAAGACCCAUCAGCUGCUGGUGGAACACAAUAUCAUCUUCAACGUCAGGGGCGGCGCCUUCUUUAUCGAGGACGGCAUCGAAACGGAGAACAUCCUGCAGUACAAUCUGGCCGUGUUUGUCAGGCAGAGCAGCAGCCUGCUGAACGACGACGUCACGCCCGCCGCCUACUGGGUCACCAAUCCCAACAACAUCAUCCGGCACAAUGUCGCGGCAGGAGGCACCCACUUUGGUUUCUGGUACCGCAUGCACGAGCACCCCGAUGGGCCCUCCUUUGACCCAAACAUCUGCCAGAAGAAGGUUCCCCUCGGCGAGUUCCACAACAACACGGUGCACUCUCAAGGCUGGUUUGGCAUCUGGAUCUUCCAGGACUUUUUCCCCAUGAAGGACGGCGGUUGCCGUUCCACCACGCCCGAACCCGCCGUCUUCCGGGGCCUCACCGCCUGGAACUGCGAGAAAGGAGCUGAGUGGGUCAACGUCGGUGCCGUGCAGUUUGUGGAUUUGCUCGCGGUUAACAACGAGAAAGCCGGGCUAGAAGGCAAACUCAUCCUCUCAUGGGCGGUGAGCGGCUUUGGGGAGGACGGCGGCGCUGGGUUGUUCAACUCCACCAUCGUGGGCCACGUGGACGAGCUCGGACUGGGCGGAGACUACUGCACGCAUCGUGGCGUCAUCGCGCCGUUCGACGAUGGCAUGAGUGUGGCGGGUACCAAAUUCUUGAACUUUGACCGCGACUCCUGCGCAGCCAUCGGAGUGACCAAAAUUGACGGGACGUGCGUGGAUCGCUGCGGCGGCUGGACGGUGCGCCUAAGUGGACUCCAGUUCAUGAACUCGCCCAACAAGGCCGCCUUCAGGUGGGAGCACGAGGUACAGCUGGUGGACCUGGACGGCUCGCUCACAGGGAACAUCAACCAUAAGGUGAUUCCGAUGAACGGCCUGCUUGACCCGGCGCAUUGCUCCGAGAGUGCAGAGUUUAGUUUGGUGUUCCCCGGAGCUGUAUGUGACCAAACGGUCAAUUUCCAUCGCAUGGGCCUCAACAAUCCCACGCCGUCUUCCUUGCAGUCCCACGAUCUGGUGUUGACCAACUCGCAUGGCACUACGGUGAUCCCCUACUUGAAGAAGAGAUUGACCCACAAGUAUGGCUGGAUGGGUCUGCUACCUUCAGGCCAGACGCUCAAAAUGCACUUAGACAAUGCCGAUCAACUCACAAAUAUCAGCUAUAAAGCAACUUUCUACGGCUUUGAGUUCGAUCAAUUUAUCAUCAUCCACCACAACUUCAGCCAGAAUCCAGAUAGGGUCAGUAUCGUGGAUGAGAGGAACGCCUCGUCGUCGCCGCUCAACUACAGUUCAAACUCCAACGGUGACUGGUACCUGGACGAUAACAACCUGUUUUACAUGGUGUCAGGCAAGACGAGCCAGCGCAGGCGUCGCAGCAGUGUGGAUCCUUCCUCAAAGGACGUCGCGGUGAACUUCCAAGUCUAUCGUUGCUUCUUUGAGAAUUGCAUCCCGCCGCCGCCCGCCACCAUACCCCCGCCGCCCACUCAUCGACCCGACGACUUCAUUCUGUGGUCCAACACGUUGUUCUGGGAGAGCUCGGCUGACAAUGCCUUCAGUGCGCCAGCAGAGGGCGCUGAUGUGGUCAUCCCGCCAGGAACUUGGGUGGUCUUGGAUAGCAACACACCUCCCCUUAACAAACUGGUCAUCUUUGGAGUCCUGGAGGUCCCACAACCCUCCAACACCUCGUCCAAUCGUCCAGCUCGGGCCGUGACUCAGAACCACACGGUCGUCAUUGACGCAGUCUACAUUGUCAUCCAGGGCGGCAGGCUGCUGGCAGGCUGGGAGGACGAACCCUUCACUGGGGAUCUGCACAUCAGACUGAGAGGGAACCACAGCACCCCUGACUGGCCUCUGCCAAACGGUCCCAAUCUGGGAUCCAAGGUGCUGGGGGUGUUUGGUACCCUGGAGCUUUACGGAGAACCACGCAGCUCGUAUCACACCAAGCUCGCCACCACAGCCGACGCUGGGUCCAGUACGCUCAACCUGGUGGAGCCUGUCGACUGGAUGCCUGGUGAGGAGGUGGUCAUCUCCACCACCAGCUACAGCGUGUGGGAGACGGAGAAGCGAGAGAUAGCUGCCGUGUCCAUGGACGGCCGCAUCCUUACCUUGACCCGUCCACUGAGCCACACUCACGUCGGUGAGGUCCACUCCAUCGAGGGGACGUCGCGGUCUUACAGGCUCGCGGCAGACGUUGGCCUCCUGACCAGGAACAUCAAGAUCAUCGGCGACGAAUACCCCGACAUGAUGGCUGAAUCGUUUGGCGCCCGAUUGCUGGUCGGCGCUUUCUCCUGGGCAGGAACAGACUUCAGAGGCACGGCUCAACUCCUGAAUGUGGAGUUCUUCCAAUCCGGUCAAGAAGGCUGGACUGACGAGUAUGACCCACGAUAUUCGGUGGCUUUCUUAGACCUGGGACAGGCCAGCGACUCGUAUAUUCAGGGCUGCUCUUUCCACGAUGGCUUCUCUCCGGCCAUCGGCGUGUUCGGAUCGGACGACAUGGCUAUCGACGACAACGUCAUCCACCACACUGUGGGCGACGGGAUCAGAGUGUGGGGCAAUAGGAUCAUCCUGAGAAGGAACCUGGUCAUCAUGACUUUGUGGCCCGGGUCGUAUCAGGACAGAAGGGAGGAAUUUAACAUUGACUGGAGCGCCGCCUUCAAGGUGAAUGAAGGCACAGACAUUGUGAUGCAGGACAACAUCGCCGCGGGCUACGAGCGGGUCGCCUUCCGCAUUGAUGGCGAGCCGUGUCCUGGUUUCCCCAACAACAACGAGGCGUGGUCUCACAACGAGGCUCACAGCGGUCUCUUUGGCGUCUUCAUGAACAGCGACGGGCUCCCCCAGUGCUCGCUCAUUCGUGACUUCUUCAUCUGGAGGAACUUUGACUAUGGAAUCUACUUCCAGACCAUCAUGAGCAUCACCGUGUCCAACGUGACCUUGGUGGACAACGGCAUGGGCAUUAUGCCCAUGAUCUACGCACCACCAUCCCUGUCCCACCAGUAUGAUGACAAGAAGGUCCGAGUGGAGGAUGCCGUGGUGGUUGGCAGAAGUCCCCACUUCAACUGCUCCCACACACUGGACGCCGACGACUUUAACACAAUCAGUAGCAACUUGCAUCGAGCACCCAAGCCCAGCAAUGGUGGCAAAUCGGGAAUCUGCUGGCCGUCUUUUGCAUCGGCUCACAACUCCGCUCCUUGGAAGCCUUUCCCCGGCAACAUCAACUACAACGCCAUUAAGGGCGUAAUGGAAGUGGCCGACUCAACGUUCGUGGCGUUCGGCAGCGCGUGCUCGGGGCAGACAGACGUGAUGUUCCUGAGCAACUCCUACAACGAGGACCUGCAGCACCCCAUCCACGUUUGGAACCUGACCACUAUCAACAGCACCAAGGAGGCUCAGGUCUUCAUCCACAGGCCUGAUGUCAGGAAAGUGAAUCCGUCCGACUGCGUGGACAUGGAUUGCGACGCCAAGAAGAAGACUUUGCUGCGGGACUUGGACGGCUCCUUGCUGGGGGUGGCGGGCAGCGUGGUACCACAGUCCGAGUAUGAGUGGGACGGGGACUCCAGAAGGGGUCUGGGUGACUACCGCAUCCCCAAGGUCAUGCUGACCCACCCCAACGGCUCCCGCAUCCCCGUGGAGCAAAUAGCCCCCAAUAAAGGUGUGAUCCGAUCCAACUGCACGUACAUGAGCGCCUGGCAGGCGUACGAAUGUUCGGCGCUCAACUACAGGAUGCUCGUCAUCGAAAGUCUGGACGCCGACACGGAAACUCGACGUCUCAGUCCGGUGGCGGUGCUGAGCGAAGGCUUCGUCGACCUCAUCAACGGACCCCAGGACCACGGCUGGUGUUCAGGUUACACUUGUCAGAAGAGGGUGUCGCUCUUCCACGGCAUCGUGGCCACGGAACACGCCGUGGAUGUCUUCUUCUCAAGCGUCAGUCCUCAGAAGCUGCGCCUCAUGAUGCUCAACGCCGACGAGGAUGAGAUCGUGCUGGUGUCCGUCUUCUAUAGCAAGCCACAGCAGAUGGACGUGUACGUCGGCAACCAGCUCACGGCGCCCACCAAUGCCGAGUGGAACGACGACAACAGCGACUACAGCCUCAAGAAGCCCUUGUACGACGGCCAAUAUGUGCCGGAGCUCAACGGCUCCACGCCGCAUGGCUCCAAUUACUUCGAUCGGAACUCCAAAAUGUUGAAGGUCCUGCUGAGAGGAUCUGAACCAGUGGAGAUCCGGAUGUCACCCAAGCUCUUCAUCUCCUUCAGCCUGCCCACCAUGACUGAGGAGGAAUUUUUCGGCGACACCCUUGUCCGCAACUUGGCCGCCCUUUUCAAUGUCCCGUCCAACAUGAUCCGGAUCACCAACAUCAUCCGGGAGGACUCCAGGCGGAGAAAGAGGUCCACUGGCCUGACGGUGGAGGUGGAGAUUCAGAAGCCACCAGUUCAGCAAGUCUCCAACACCACUGAUGAUGAGGAAGACUUUAUACUGCUGAAGAACAUCGCUGACAAUUUGGGUCAGGCGGCCAUUUCGGGUAACCUCAGUCAGUCCAUCGGCUUCAACGUCUCGUCGGUGGGAGUAAUUGCGCCCCCGCCUCCUUCUUCAGACCCCCUCUGGAACGAAGAGGCCUCCGUUGAGGCGACGAGAGACGAGCCCGUGAUCAGCCACGUGUCCAGCGUGGAGGAGCUGUUGCUGGUGCGGGAGCCCAUCGCGGGUCACUACGUGGGCCCGCUUUCGCAGCAACCCAGCCUCAAGGCUGUCGACCAGGAGGGUGAGUGCGUGUCGGUGGACGUGACCACCAUGACGGUGACGGCCAGCCUGAAGGACUCCAGCGGCGCCAGUGUGGACGGUCUGGAGGGCAACGCCACCAUCUUGUUCCGCUCCUGCUGGGCUAACUUCACCGACCUGUCGGUGGUCAACAGCGGCGCCAACCUCACCAUGGUGUUCACCUUGAACGACUGGAGCGCCCGCUCGCAGGAGUUCAGCGUCCAAGAUAUGCCCGAGCCCCCCACGAUGCCCGAUGACGACAGCGUGUUCAGCACGGGCGACGCGGUAGCGCCCGGGAGUUUGUGCCUGGUGAGCGUCAUCUACACGUUUGCUUGCUGCAGCGGUCACGUGCCCUUCUGCUAGGGGGCGCUCUCCGGUCGCCACCUGGGGCAAAGAAAAUCAAAGUACCGGGUUAAUUCAGCCAUCCAUUUUCUGUGCAAAUAUUUUAAAAAAUGAUCAUUUCGGAUUCUUCACUCAAAAUUAACUUGUGCGUUAAGGGUGUGAAUGCAGCUAUUUUUCUAUUUUACAUGGGUCUACUUCUGCAAAUGUCUUAUGAUUAAUAAAGUCUAUGAUGCUUCUUA